AUGGCAAGGUCCGAAGGGCCGUGGCUCGUCCCCGUCCUGACCAAACCUCGUUCUUCCUCGCAGGCGGAUGAUUUCAUCCGAGCAAACGCCUGCAAUAAAUUGACCGCCAUCGCCGAGCAGAUCCGGUACUUGCAGGAGCAGGCUCGGAAGGUCUUGGAUGAAGCUAACAGAGAUGCUGAUCUGCACCACGUGGCCUGCAACCUCGUGAAGAAGCCAGGAAACAUCUACUACAUGUACAGGCGGGAGAGUGGCCAGCGAUACUUCUCCAUCCUGUCUCCCAAGGAAUGGGGGACCAGUCCCCAUGAAUUUCUUGGUGCCUAUAAGCUCCAGCAUGACAUGUCCUGGACUCCGUUUGAGGACAUUGAGAAACGAGAUGCUGAAAUAAACGUCCUGGAUAAGCUGCUGAGCCGGCAGGCAGCGCUGCCCCCGUGUACAGAGCCCAACUUCCAGGGCCUCACCAAGUGACACAAGUGACCAUACGGGACCCCCUGCGCAGAGUCCCUGUGCGAGGACACGCAGUGCCUGCGUGCUGCCAAAGGCAGAGCAAGGAAAGAGACCAAGAAGCAAAAAUGCUGAUGCUGCCAGUACUUGCUCUGUGCUUUAACGACACUAAUUCUGCAUUCAGUCUUACUG